UCACCGCCCCGCGAUGUCUUUCGGGAAAUAGCGCCGCCAUCUUGAGUAGCAUGGCCCAGCUAGACAGUGCGCCCUGAGUCGAGACAUGCGAUUUAUCGCAAAAACAUUGAACGUCCCAAGAAUCACGGAUUUCUGUGAAACGUAGCAAAUAUUUGGUGCUUUGCACCUUCAUCAGAAUGGAAGCGGUUAAAGCAUUUAACGCAGAGCUUUCAGCUUUGUAUGAUGUCAAACCACCAAUUUCAAAAGCUAAAAUGAAUUCUUUAACUAGGGGUGCAAUUAAAGCAAUUAAAUUUUAUAAACAUGUUGUGCAAAGUGUUGAAAAAUUCAUUCAAAAAUGUAAACCAGAAUACAAAGUGCCUGGAUUGUAUGUUAUUGAUUCAAUUGUACGUCAGUCCAGACACCAGUUUGGAGUAGAGAAAGAUGUCUUUGCUCCACGCUUUGCUAAGAACAUGCAAACCACUUUUUUAAAUCUUUUGAAAUGUCCUCAAGAAGAUAAAAGUAAAGUAAUAAGAGUUUUAAAUCUUUGGCAAAAAAAUGCAGUUUUUCCUUCAGAGGUAAUACAACCUUUAUUUGAUCUUGCGGAUCCAAAUCAUCCAAUACAUAAGGAACAAGCAGUUAAUACUAAUGGUACAUUAAAUAUUUCUUCAACAAAUAAUGUUAGUAAUACUGGUACUUCUGUAAAAACUUCACCUUUAACUGCAAAAAAUGCAGUAAAAGACCAAAAAAUAUUUUCUUCUGCAAAACCAAUUGAUCCUGCUUGGCUUGCACAAACAAAAAUGGAAACAGCAAAUAUAGUUAAUGCUAAUAAACUUUUAGGGCAAUCAAAUUCAAAUCAAAUGGAUGCUUCUUUUCUUGAUCAAUUACAACAUUUACAACAAUUGUUAUUAAAAAAACAAGAGUCAAAUGAACAAAAAAGUUCUGUAAAAUUUGAUAAAAAACUUUUAGAUUUUGAUUAUGGUGAAGAAGAAGAUGAUGAUGUUGUUGUUGCUAAUUCGCCAACAGCAACAGCAACAUCUAAUACUGGUCAACAUAAUACAAUUUCAACUGGAAAUAGUUUAGAAAGUCUUGGACUUCUUUUAACAAAUCCAGAGGUUUUGAGACAGCUUCAAACAUUACAACAAACAAUGCAAGGAAGUACUUCUUCACAACAUGAAACAGAAGAAAAAAUGCGAAAACUUCAACAAAUGAAACAGCAAGAAGAAGAAUUUGAUAAGCAUUUAGCUCAAACUGUUCCUAAUUUACCAUUUGCGUCAGAAUGUGAAUUAAAACCUUCGGAUAUCUUGAAACCAAGUCAACAAAGUACAUAUACGACAAAUGUAAAUAGCGGCGUCAUACAAGAUAUGAGUCAACCACCUCCUGGUUAUCCACCAGCUCUACCAUAUGCCUCUCAACCUUUAUCAAAUAUUAGACAGAUAAAUCAACAAACGCAUCAAAAUCAAAAAAGUCCGCUUUUGGAUGAACGACAAGACACACAAGAUUAUUCUGGAAAUGGCGCAAGACGAGAUAGUAGCAGUGUAGAAAUUGUAAAUUGUGAAAAUACAAGAUCACAAAGUAGAUCUCCUGAUCGAUACAGACAUCAUAGUCGUUCUAGAUCACCAAGGCAUAGAGAUAGGGAUAGAGAUAGAGAUAGAGAUAGAGAUAGAGAUCGAGACAGAGAUAGAAAAUCUCGAUCAAGAAGUAGAUCUAGAAGAAGAAGAUCUAGAUCAAGAGACAGAGGUCGUGAUAGAAAACGAGAAGAUAGUCGAGAAAAAAUGACUGAAGAAGAACGAGAAAGAAGAGAAAGACGUAAACGAGGACUGCCACCAAUUGUGAGAGAUAAAUUAAGUGUUUGUAGUACUACUCUUUGGGUAGGACAUCUAUCAAAAUUGGUACAUCAAGAAGAACUUUCAGAUACGUUUGGAGAAUUUGGUGACAUUGUUAGUAUAGAUUUAAUUUCACCUAGAGGUUGCGCCUUUAUAUGCAUGAAUAGAAGACAAGAUGCAUACCGGGCUCUUACUAAGCUUAAAAAUCAUAAAAUGCAAGGAAAAGCAAUCACUUUAGCUUGGGCACCAGGAAAAGGAGUAAAAGGAAAGGAAUGGAAAGAUUAUUGGGAAGUUGAAUUGGGAGUUAGUUAUAUUCCUUGGAAUAAAUUAGUUAAUGUUACUGAUCAAGAUUUAGAACUAUUAGAAGAAGGAGGUAUGAUUGAUGAGGAUACUCUACCGCCCAAUUUAAAAGGUAAACUAAAGCAUUCCGGAACUGCAGAUGUGCUUCAACAACAGUUGCAAUUACAACAACAAGCAUUGGUUGCAGCUGCUGGAAUUCCAAAUUUAGCAGAUGGUAUGGUAAAUGUAAUGCAACCUUCAACUAGCGCUCAACAGCAACAAUCUCAACAGCAAACUCAGCAACAAGGUCAACAACAACAACAAGUAAUUGAUACAAGUCAACCUCCACCAAUUAGACCUCCUACAUCAGCUGCGCUUUUAGCACCACCAAAUACACAAUUACAGAUGAUGCCACCUGCUUUCACGAUGCCAGGAGUUCCUCGUAUGAUUGGACCAAUGGGAUUACCAAUGGCACAUAGUUUAAUGCCAAAUGUUCCCAUAGGUGUGCCACCUCCAAAUAUGCAAAGUUUAUUAGGACCACCAGGAAUGAUGCAAACUAUGUUAACGCCACCUGUAAAUUCUCCAUUUGGAGCAAGUGUUGGCGUUGGUUUACUAACUCAAAUUCCUUUACCAGCUCCAGCAGCACCUUCUGAUAAACCUAAUUCUACUGGUAUGCCACAUAAUGUUCCUCCGAUAGGAGUUCCGCCGCCAACAACGGAAACAGGAAUGCCAAAUUUACCAAUGUUACGUCAACCAUAUAGUGUAGGACCUUCUGCACCCUUACAAAUGCAACUACCUCAACAACAUUCUGCUGAUGAUAUGGAUGUAGAAAUGGAAGAUGCAAUGCCACAAAAUUCAAACGGAGCAAAAAAUAAAAAUAAUUUAACUGAACAACAACUUCCACAAAAUGAAGAACGAAUUGAAUCUGAUCAACAAGCAGAACAUCGGGAUUAUAAAGAAAGAGAAAGAGAUCGUGAAAAUAGAGAAAGAAGAGAUAGAGAGACACAUUUAUCGCACAGAGAUAGAGAAGGUAAUGAUUCUAGAAUGGAUCGUGGAAGAGACAGAGGCAGAGGAAGAGAUAGAGGACGUGAUCGCAGAAGGGAUCUUAGAGAUAGAGAUAGAGAUGAUAGAAGAGAAAGAGAAAACAGAGAAAAUCGCGAAGGAAAUCCACAAACUCAAAAUCUUCAGGAAAACGAAUCUACUACAAAAAAGGAUGGCAAACCAAGUUUAGCUGAUCGUUUGCGUCAAUUGGCUGAUGGUACACUGCCGCUUGAAGAUCGUGUUGAUCGAAUAAUUCCUCGUAAUCGUCAAGAACGAGAUAGAUCUGAUAGAAGUUUUGAUGAUUCUCGAUCAACACGUGGAGAACCUCUUUCUUCUUUGAUGGAUUUACCAAAAUUUGGUUUACCUCAAGAGAGAGGUGAUUUCCCAGCUCGACCACCAGAUUUUCGUAAUCCACAAGAUCCAAGAGAAUAUCAACAACAAAGAGAUAGACAGAAUUUCGGAAGGAGUCACAGAGGAUCACAAAUACACGAGGAAUAUAUGGAUGUUCCAAGGUUGCAAGGAGGAAUAUAUCAAGAAGAAUUUGAUAAUAGAAUACAUGGACAGCAAAGAGUAGAAGAUUUUGGAAGACUUGGACCACUUAGAGAACAAAGGGAGGAAUUCGAUAGGUCUGAAGUACGAGGAAGAAGACCACUUGAUGAUCGAGAUCGAUUUGAUUAUGAAAUCAGACGAGAUGGUUUUGAUCCGCGACUUCAAGAUAGUUUCGAUCCAAGAGGACAUCUCGACCGAGGUGAUUUUGAACCUAGGAGACGAGAAUUUUUUGGAAUCGAUCCUAUAUUUGGAAUGCCACCAAUCAUGGGACCUAGAGGUCCAAGACCUGGACAUCCUGAUGGAUUUGGACCACGUCCAACUCCCUUAGGAGUUCGCGGACCAGGUCCAUUAAUGUUCCAUCCACGAGGCUUGGGACCCCGUCCUCUUCGUCCUGGAAUGAGGCCUUUUGGACCUCGUGGACCACCGUUCGAUCCCCGAGAAUCAGAUGCCUUUUUUAGACCUCCCUUUGAUGAUAUUCGUCCCCACGUCAGACCACCUUUUGGACCUAUGGGUCCACCAUCCAUUAUUCCUCCAGAAUCUGCUGUUCCCUGGAGAAAUCAGGAACUUCCUCCUGGUUCCUGGACUUCUGAUUCAGAGAAUCACUCACAAAGAGAUAAUCUUAGAGAUAAAAAAGGUAAUAAUAAACAUUCAAGUAACAUGGAAAGAGAAAAUCGAAAUAGGGGACGAAAAUCAAGAUGGGCUAAUGUAAGUCCAUCUGGAGAAGAAGUAGAAGAAUCAAAGGAACAAGAAUCAAUAUCUACAAAUGUUGAAGAAAAAGAACCUAUAAAGGAAGAAGAAGUAGUUGUAAAAGAAGAGGAAAAAGAAGAAAUUGGAAUAAAAGAAAUUUCUAAAGAACAAAAAGAAGAAUUAAAAGAAAUGAUUGAGGCAAAUCAAGAAGGCAUUGAAAUGAAGAAGGAAGAAGAAGAGGAUCGCAGGGAUUCUUAGACCAAAGUAAAAAGCGAUUAUUCUCUUUAAAAUUUUUUCUUACUCUGUGGAGUGGUGUGAGGGAGAAUUCGCUUCAAAUUAGAUCAGAUUGAAACAGUCAAUUUUAGAAAAUGGAAUACUGAAUUUUAAAAUAAUUAUAUUCAAUCGAUGAUAAUUAUUGUUAAAAAUAAUAAUAUACCGUUUUAAUUUUAUUCUCUGUAAUAUUGAUGAAAUUAUUGCUUGUUAUUAAAGAUAGAUCUUAAGAAGUAAAUAUAACAAAGAAAUUAUAAUAAAUAAAAUUUAAAAAAA